CAGCCACCCAUGGUGUCCACUGCAGGUCUCUCUGGGGAUGGAAGGAUGCGAGGGGUGCUCUUGGUGCUGCUCUGCGUUCUCCACUCUUCUUCUGGUUGUGGCAUCCGGAAAGUCGAUACUUUGGAGGAUUCCGAGGAGGACUUGGUCAGUAGUAUGGAGUUCCCCUGGUUGGUGUCACUGCAGGAUUUCCAGUACACCCACUUAGCUUUCGGCUGCAUCCUCAGUGAGUUCUGGAUCCUCAGCAUCGCGUCCGCCCUUCAGAACAGGAAGGAUGUUGUCGCUAUAGUUGGUAUAGAUAACAUGGAUCCCAGAGGGAUUGCUCACACAGAGUAUCCGAUCAAUACCAUCAUCAUCCAUGAGGAUUUUGAUAACAAUUCAAUGAACAACAACAUAGCCCUCCUGAAGACAGAUACAGCGAUGCACUUCAGCAGCCUGGUCCAGUCCAUCUGCUUCCUUGACAAAAAGCUGCACGUGCCACCAGUCUUAUGGAACUGCUGGGUGUCAGGAUGGAAUCCCACAGCUGCAACAGGAAAUCAUAUGACCACUGGCAUCCUGAGGAAAAUCUCCGUGAAAGACAUUGAUCUGUGUCCCUCACACAAACUCCAGAAAACAGGAUGUGGCAGUCACACACAAAAGAAAACAAAGUCUGUCUGCUUGGGGGAUCCAGGAAGUCCGAUGAUGUGCCAACUACGGAAAUUGAAUAUGUGGGUUCUGAGAGGAAUCCUGAACUAUGGUGGUGGGAUGUGCCCUGGCCUAUUUCUGUACACCAGAGUGGAAGACUACAGCAACUGGAUCACGUCCAAGGCUGAGAGGGCUGGCCUUACCCUGUCUUCACUCCACUACUGGGAGAAAUUUCUUUCUUUCUCCCAUGAUGGGUCAUAUGAUGCCACAACACAGGAGACACAUCUUGGACUGGACCACGUUGGACGGACCCAACCAUACUUCCAAGGACAAAGAAGGGCCACCAGGCAUUCACAGCUAGCAAACACCAGGCAUUCACAGCUAGCUAGAGAUGGUCUAGAAGUUAGGGACAAGGGUGUAAGGGAAUUGGGCAGGUCUUCUGAGCCAUCCAUACAACCCUUAUACUAUGACUAUUAUGGUGGGGAGGUUGGGGAGGGCGGGCCUUUUGCAGGUCAGAACAGGGUGCAUCAGCCCCAAGAAAUUAUCUUGGUUUCCUUUGUGCUUUUCUUUUGCAACAGUGUCUAGUCUAGGAGCUAACCCACCACACUGAAGAGUAAGCUCAGAAUGCUGAGUGCCAGGCAUUUGCCAUGCUGUUUUGGUGUCUGUUUUUGAUAGUUGCACACCUGGGCUGCCACGGACAGGCCUGUGGCACACACUGGACUGUCUCUCCUUCCUCUGUCCCACUUCCACAUGCGGGAAGGUCACUUUCGUUUGUGCUUGUGAACUAAAUGUGGGCUAACAAGUGUCAAACCA